AUGGCGGCACUAGACCAGUUUUUGUCGAAUUGCUCUGAAGCUACAGGAUGGAUACAAGAUGAUAUAUCUGAUGAGGGGAAUUCCGAGUGUAGUAUCAAGAAUUCGGAAGAGGAGAGAGAGAUUGUCAUGGAUGAAAUUAGCAAUCAUCGAAUGGUUGGAAGAUCACAGGAAGAAGCUGAGGCCGGUGACACGGUGGAUAUGAAGAAGAAAGUGAAGAGGGGCUGGCUUAAGAAAUUAAAUGUCCUAUCACGUAUUACCAAUAGGCAAGGGGAAGAAAAUUUGAAGCCGAGUGAUUUCAACUUGGAGUUGGGGACUAGAGUUCGAAGAGUUCUGGUUCAUCUACAUGGGAAGAGGUCAAAAGAAUUGUCCUCCCUUUAUGCAGGACGAGAAUUUUCAGCACACAAGGGCUCAAUCUUGACAAUGAAAUUCAGUCCCGAUGGCCAGUACCUGGCAAGUGCCGGUGAAGACAGUGUCGUUCGUGUCUGGAAGGUGAUGGAGUAUGAGAGACCAAAUCAAUUUGACAUUCAAGAUACUGAUCCUUCAUGUUUGUACUUCUCAAUGGAUCAUUUAUCCAAAUUUGCCCAUCUUGACGUGGAUAAAAACAAAAUUGGUAGGAUGAAGAGGUUGAGGAAAUCAACGGAGUCAGCUUGUGUAAUUUUCCCACCAAAAGUCUUUCGGAUUUUGGAGAAACCUUUACAUGAAUUCCAUGGACACAGUGGUGAGGUCUUGGCUCUCUCAUGGUCCAGGAAAGGGAGAAACCUCCAAGCCCUCGUCGUCGCCGCCGGCACCAAAGGUGACUGA